AUGGCAGAGUCAGAAGCCAAGGUGAUAACACCAACCGCAGCAGCCAGUAUAAGCCCAAAGAGGGACGCUGCGAAUAGAGUCUCAACCAGCAACAUUGACAACGAAGACCCGCCUUCCUUUGGGCUGCCAGCAUGGCGCAAGUAUCUGAUUCUUUUCUCGGUCAGUUGGAUGACAUUUGUCAUCACGUUUUCAAGCACUGCAUUACUUCCAGCCAUGCCCGAAAUCAGCAGUGAAUUUUCGAUAUCUAACGAGUCCGUUGCCGUCACCAAUUCCGGCGUUUUGCUCGCUAUGGGAUUUUCGUCCUUUCUCUGGAUCCCCAUUGGUCUACUGAUUGGGAGGCAGCGAGCCUAUAACUUGGCCAUUUUCUUUCUCUGUGCUUGCUCGUGUGGCACCGCCGUGGCAACAAAUAUGGCUAUCUUUACGGCCAUGCGUGUUUUGGGCGGUUUCACCGGGACGUAUUUUAUGGUGGCUGGUCAGACCAUCUUGGCCGACAUCUUUGAGCCGGUCGUUCGGGGCCGGGCUGUGGGGUUUUUUAUGGUGGGAUCCGUCAGUGGCGCUGCUUUCGCACCAUGUCUUGGCGGCAUCAUUGUCACUUUCACGCAUUGGCGCAUCAUUUUCUGGGUUCAAGUUGCAAUGGCUCUGCUUGGACUUACGAGCUCUCUGGUCUUCAUUCCCAAUAUAGAUAAGAUGAACAAAUCCACUCAAGCCAAUUCAGAGGAAAUUGAGAAGCCCAAGAAAUCGAUACUGUCUCGUUUCAAUCCCGUGCGAGUCUUUACUUUGCUAAUUUAUCCGAAUAUUUUCCUCGCUGAUUUGACGUGUGGCCUCCUAUCUUGGUUUCAAUACAGCUUGUUAACCUCGGUUCGCGACGUAUUUAACCCUCGAUUUAACCUUACUUCCGCCCUAGUCAGUGGCUUGUUCUAUAUCGCCCCCGGAGCUGGCUUUCUAUUUGGGAGCGUCAUCGGUGGCAAACUGUCGGAUCGCACUGUGAAGAAGCACAUCGAACUCCGCAAUGGAUUACGUCUGCCUCAAGAUCGACUCAACAGCGGAAUUUCCAUGAUUAUGGUUGUCUUACCAAUAUCCGCGCUAAUAUAUGCGUGGACGUUGGAAGAAGGAGUCGGCGGUAUGGCUGUUCCCAUCAUCAGUGCGUUCUUUGCCGGGUUUGGCUUGAUGGGGACAUUCAACAGCUUGAACACGUAUACAGCAGAGGUUAUCCCUGCAAGCAAAGCUGAGGUUAUCAGCAGUAAAUAUCUGGUGCAGUAUUGCUUUGGAGCUGGCGCCACUGGCGCCAUCAUGCCUUUGAUCAGUGCCAUCGGGGUUGGCUGGACAUUCACAAUAUCCGUUUGUAUGUGCUUUAUUGGCGGUGGCUUCACAUUCCUCGUCAGCCGAAAGGGUCUAGACAUGCAAAAAUGUGUCAUACAGAAGAUCGGUAAAAGGUCGUAA